AUGGAAGAGGAUCAAAGCAGCACUCCCAUGGAUCUCAGUAACACUCCGGCGUGGGAGAUGGACAAGUAUAUAGAGGAUCACCUUCUUCCUGACACUACAUUUCUUACUGAGGUCAGAGCAGACAUUGACUUCAUAAGUGCUUUCCUGAAGGAGAGAUGCUUCCAAGGUGCCGCCCACCCUGUGAGGGUCUCCAGGGUUGUGAUGGGCGGCUCCUACAAUGAACACACUGCGCUCAAGGGCAGGUCAGAGGCCAACAUGGUGGUGUUAUUUAACAAUCUCACCAGCUUUGAGGAUCAGUUAAAGUGGCAUGGAGAGUUCCUUGAGGAGAUUCAGAAACACCUGUGCCAGUUGCAGCAAGAGAAACAAUUUAAAGUGAAGUUUGAGGUCCAGAUCUCAGAGCGGCCCAACUCCAGGUCUCUGAGCUUCAAGCUGAGCUCCCCUGAGCUCCAGCAGGAGAUGGAAUUUGAUGUGCAUCCAGCCUAUGAUGCCCUGUAUGAACUGAGAGACAACAAGUUCGCUGAACCCCAAUUAUACAACCAAGUCUACACCCAACUUAUCCACGAGUGCACCACCCUGGAGAAGGAGGGUGAGUUCUACAUCUGCUUCAUAGACCUCCAUCAAAACUUCCUGAAGCAUCGUGCAACCAAGCUGAAGAAUCUCAUCCGUCUGGUCAAGCACUGGUAUCAACUGUGUGAAGAGAGGCUGGGGAAGCAGCUGCCCCCACAGUACGCCCUGGAGCUGCUCGCAAUCUAUGUCUGGGAACAUACGAAUGAAAAUCAACAUGAAAUAGCCACAGCCAAGAGCUUCCUGACCUUCUUAGAACUGGUUGUCGAUUACAAGUUUCUUCUAAUCUACUGGACAUGGUAUUAUGGUUUUCUUCAUCAAGAGAUCUCUGACUACCUGAACAGACAGCUCCAAAAAGACAGGCCUGUGAUCCUGGACCCGGCUGACCCAACAAGGAACGUGGCUGGUUCAAACUUAGAGGCCUGGAAACUUCUGGCAGAAGAGGCUGAGUCCUGGAUGCAUUUCUCUUGCUUUAAGAACCAUGAUAUGUCCUGGAUAUCCACCUGGGAUUUAUCGGCCGAGAAUAAAAAAUGUGUCGUCUUGUGAACACCCAGCACUUGGUCAGGAGGCUCCGGAGUGAGGGGCAUGUGCUGCUCUGCUGCAAGACCUUGACCUAGAGGACAGGAUGGUGCUCUAGGCUCCAGUGAGGGGCAUCCAACCUGGGAUCAGACUGCAGGCUUCUGAUCCCUGCCUGCCCAUGGACAGCAUCCUCACAGCCUGCGUCCUCUGCCUUACCCUCCAACAGUGCUCUCUGGGAGUCAGACUCUGAAGGAAAGAGAACUCAAGCAUGACGUCCAUCUGUCCAGCUGUUGGGAAGCUCCAUCCGACAGUGUCUGAUCAGCGAUAAUAAACCACAGUAACUCAUGAGAGUGUGUGCACUCUGAGGGAAGGGACCAUCAAGUACACACGUGUGCAUGGGGAGGUGGUGUGUCCAUGCACCCCUAGAAACUGUGAGCUGUUGUUACAAGCUCCCCAUGGGCCCAGGUAACUGUCAACCAGCAGUGGACAGAGCAGAACCCAACUUCUACAUAUUUUGAUGUCUGGUGGCUUGGGAUCCUUCCAGAUGUCUUAUACAAGGAACGAAGUCAAGAAUCCUUGGAUCCUGUCCAUGCUUCCAUGACUUGAUUCUAGACUUUCCCCCAUCCCACACAGAAACUGUUUACCAGAUGCACAUGACCCUGAAGUCCUGGGAAUCCAGUCAGGGUGCAUCAAGGUGAACUGAUUCUGCAGCAUGCAGGCUGAGGUCCUCAGCACUGUGGGAAAAUGAAACUGUAUACAAUCUGUGACUUUAAAACUUAGUUGUCUGUGUGAUGAUGACAUUUGAAGCACUGAUUUAAAUCACGAUGCACCAA